AUGGCAACUGACAGCCAAUCUGACUCGCAAGAGACUACUUCGACAGCAUCAGUGGAAGACUCGUUAAAUAUUACCUUCGAAAAUAUUUGUUAUAAAGUGCGGCAUGGAUUCUUUGCUAGAGGACGCAAGACUAUUAUUAAUGACGUCAGCGGGCAGUUUAGUGCAGGCGAACUAAGCGUACUCAUAGGUCAGUCGGGGGCUGGCAAAAGCUCUCUAAUGGAUAUCCUCGCUGGUUAUACAAAAGCUUCUAGUGGAAGAAUACUUGUCAACGGCAUAGUUCGAAAUGAGAAGAUUUUCCGAAGACGAUCGUGCUACAUCCUGCAAGACGACCAGGUGCAUGAUGAGCUCACCGUUGAAGAGUCUUUAAGGAUCGCCGCUGAGCUUAAGUUGGGAAACCACGUAAGCACACAACAGAAAGGACGACGGGUAGAAGAAAUCAUAACAUCACUCGGAAUGAGCAGAGUACGAAACACGAGAGCAGGCAACCUGUCCGGGGGGCAAAAGAAAAGGCUGGCUAUAGGCGUCGAACUAGUCAACGACCCGCCAGUUAUGUUCCUAGAUGAACCUACAAGUGGCCUCGACUGUUCAAUAUCGAAGCAGCUGGUAUAUCUCUUACACCUGUUGUCGCGACAAGGGCGGACGGUAAUAAUUAGUAUGCACCAGCCGUCAGCGAUACUCCUUCACAUGGUGGACAGGCUAUACGCUGUGGUGGCUGGAAGAUGUGCAUAUAUGGGUUCAGUGUCACGACUUUUGCCAUAUCUCAAACAAAUGAACCUCAUAUGCCCCCCAUACCACAAUCCUGUAGACUUUUUUAUAGAAAUAUGCGCAGAAAACGAAAAUAAACUAGUACAAUGUUCACAGAAUGGAAAAAGUGAUCAGUGGAUACAGAACAAUUUUAAUGAAAUUGAUAAAAAAUUAAUAGAAUACAAAAGAAGUAUAAGUGAAGAUGUGUACUUAACAACACUGCCUACACCUAAAGAAAACCCAACUAGAAAAAUAUUGGUAGCCCUUAAAAGUACAUACCCCUCAUCGUCAUGGAAGCAAUUCUCUAUUUUAACGCAGAGAGCUUUAUUGGCAAUCUGGCGCAAUCCAUCCUUCACGCUAAUGAUAUUUGGUAUCCAUUGCGCUAUGGCUUUGUUCGUGGGAUUUCUUUUCUACAAUAUCGGGGAGGAUGCAACAUAUGUGAGAGACAACUACAACUUUCUCUAUUUCAGUCUUAUGUUUCUCAUGUUCACUGCAUUCAGCAUGGUAUCUAUUAGUUUUCCAGAGCAAAUCGCGGUAAUAAGAAGAGAGCACUUCAACCGAUGGUACAACACUGCCUCGUACUACGCUGCCACAUUGGUUUCUUCCCUGCCGACGCAGACUGUUAGCACGCUCACAUUCGCGUGUAUAACGUAUCUACUGACCGGCCAGCCAAUAGAUAUUAUUCGCUUUCUUAUAUACUGUUGUACACUUUUGCUAACGACAUUUGUUGCGCUGUGCAUAGGUCUGUUUAAUGGAUCUAUGUUCAAUGUAAAGAACGGAGUCAUCUUCGGGCCGUUCUUCAUAAUGCCGUUCACUAUAUUCUCCGGCUUCUUUCUACGAUACAGUGACGCCCCUAUAUUCAUGCGAUGGCUCUUUCAACUAUCGUUUCUUAAGCAUGGCUUAGCCGGAUUGGUGAUAUCAAUAUUUGGUCUAGACCGACCAAAGCUUAUGUGUUCAAGCUUGUACUGCCAUUACGCACAUCCCGCCCAAUUUCUAAAAGAAAGUGGAAUGUCGGGUGAAAAAUUUUCAAAUGCUAUCAUGUCUCUAUUAGGUAUCGGUUUUGUGUUCAUUUUAUUUGCAUACGUAGUACUGAAAAUAAGACUAAAGAAUAAGUGG